AUGGACACCUCACACCACCGUGGUAGGAGACCAGCUCCUGUGGCUCUACCUGAGAUAUAUGUACACGACCCUGCCGAGAGAUUUCGAUACCCAAGCAGAUCCAGUUCCUACAAUUCGUCUUCAGCCGCUUCUCCAAGGGAAAUUUUAAUCCCGGAUGCUAGAGAAGCACCGCCCCCUCCACUUCCCCCCCCGCGAUAUCUGGCAGACGUUGCCGAUUAUGGACACAAUGGACAAGAUAUCGCAUGGAAAUGGGGCAAUUCGCAUGAUGACAGUGGAGAUCGGGGGAGGUCGACACCAUCCAUUGCGCCAGGCUCGAGUUUGAAUGGUGGACAUUUCGUGAGACGAAUCAUGGUUGAGCAAAGACCCGAAUUCGUACGCUCAACAGGUUCCAACUCGACAGUUAGGCCCACAGACCAAAGGGAGAUCUCGUACCACAGAGACGAAGGCUAUACGGGUGUUGGAACAAUCGCAUGGUCGAACAAGUUAGUCUGGAAAUCUCUCUUACAAUGCGAUUCCGAGAACCUCGCAGCAGCGUUCGGGGCGGCCGAGACGCCCACCAUGUCACGAAGUCAAGAAUCUUCUCCUCCACUACCAACCUUCUCUAAUUUUGAGAGCUCGGUCCACGCAAAAUAUCAAAGUAAUGCUCAGGCAUUUGACAAGUCCCAGCUGCAGAAGUUGGACGCUCGUAGGGGUUCUAGCAACAGGACCCCCCCACCCAAACCAUUUUCGAAUUCCAGCUUCGGCUCAUUUACCAAUGAUUUCUCGUCGACUUCUCGUUCGAAUUACACACAGAGGCAUUCCAGCCAGUUGAAGCCCUUGUCCCUCCCCACCUUACCCGGCAGACCAGGUCUUGGCGAAAGUCCGUUGAGUAGGUGCGUCGAAACACCACCGUCAUCUGCGAUCUCGCCAAAGAAUUCUUACACAAUAUUUGGCAUGCAAAAUCAAUUGGAUCACAGGCCGCCGAGCGAAGUAGCAGACUAUCCGGAUAGGUCUCCUUUGCCGUACACAGGACGAUCUGGAUCUACUUCUGACGAUGUAUCAAGUGUUACCAGCCGGUCCCGGGAUACUUAUGAUGCGAGGGUUUCUCCAGAAAAUGAUGACGGCUUCCUUAUGGAGGAAAACGGAUUCAGACGACUGCACAUCGAAGAUCUUUCUAGCCGAUUGGAGGGUCAUUCGCCACCUUCAUCGAUUGGACGAAAAAGACGGGCAUCGUCACCCCCGGGGGAUGAGGGUUCAUCGUUGCACACGGUUGGCAGCGCAAGUGAUUUGUAUAGACGACGCGAAUCCGCAUCCCGUGCUUCACCAACUCCACGGCUCCACUCGACAUGUGGAUCUGUCUCGUCCACCGCUUCUGCUCCAAGAAAUAACUCGUACGCGUCUAGUCUCUCGGUCACUGGGAGUAGCGUCACAAGUAUGAGCUCAUACGGACGAUUGUCCCCCGGUGGUAUCUCUCCCGGAGGGCUCUCAGCCGCGGGCUCAGAUAUGUCAGAGCCGCCCUAUGCCACUUCGUCGCCACUGAAUCCGAGCCCUCGGGGAUCCACUUCCAGAACGAACUCCAAUCGAGCACUGUCAGAAAUGAGACCAUUGAUGGAUUCCCGAAAGCUCACUGAAAGUCAGGAUCGCUCCAAGCAUCAUCCUCCUCCUCCAAAGAUACAGCGGGUUUUCAUGUGUGACUGCUGCCCAAAGAAACCGAAGAAGUUCGAUACUCAAGAUGAGCUGAUUGCCCAUGAACAAGAGAAGCAAUACGAGUGUGCAUAUUGCCGCAACCGCUUCAAGAACAAAAAUGAAGCCGAACGGCAUCAGAACUCGCUCCAUCUACGACGGCACUCCUGGUCUUGUGCCGCACUCUCAUGUUAUGAGGCUGCAUUUCAUAGUUCUCCCAACAAACCGAACGAGGCUGACACAUGCGGCUACUGUGGAGAGGAUUUCCCACGCUCUGGGAUAUCUUCUCCGUCUAUGCCUGGGCCGCCGAGGGCCGUUGCAACCGAACGAGACUGGAAAGCCCGGGCAAACCAUCUUCAAGAAGUGCACAAGUUUGGCGAGUGCAACCAUGCAAAGAAGUUCUUCCGAGCCGACCAUUUCAGACAACAUCUCAAGCACAGUCAUGCAGGCACCAGCGGCAAAUGGACAAACGUGCUAGAGAACUCUUGCAUGAAGGACGAGCCACUUCCAGAGCCUAUUCGGGGUCUCGGUAGAGCUAGCCCUGUUGGAGCGCGAGUGGGAAGAAUCGACGAAAUUCCAUGA